CACGCGGUGGCAGCACCGUAAAUUCCUCCAACUCCCCCGCCAAAUCUAACGAGCUUAAUUGGGCUCAUACGUUCAAAGUUCAAUCUUAAAACCAAGUCAAUCAAAGCUGCAGGCACUUACGCGCAUUGACGGCGAUGAGUAUGAAUAAAGGGCGAAGGGGUUUAUUAUUCAAGUCAUUGUUCCAACGACCGAGAAAAAAAGAAGAUAGCGUUAUCUGAGGACUCCUGACAAAAAUUAGGGUUUUGAAAUUGGGGGAAAUUGAAGGAAGGAGAUAGGAGAUGGGGUGCGUUUGCUCGAGGGGGGAGGAGGAGGAGAAGAGCGAUUUCCGGUCGUUUCCGGAUGAGUUUAGUGGGAUUUAUGGGUGUGGGAUCCAGAAUUUUGAUUCCGGCGAGCUCCGGAUGACGCCGGCGAGAGCUGGGACUGGAAAGGUUUCAGAAAUGAGUUCAAUUAUUGGAAGGGCUGGCAUUGCUAGCUUAGAGAGGGCUGUAGAGGUCUUAGAUACACUUGGAAGUAGCAUGUCGAAUUUGAAAUCUAAUAGCGGAUUUAUCUCUGGUGUUACAACUCGAGGCAACAAAAUAUCAAUACUGGCGUUUGAAGUUGCUAAUACAAUUGCUAAGGGUGCUACCUUGCUUGCGUCUGUUUCAGAAGAAAACAUCGAAUUCUUGAAAAAGGAUGUUUUAAAGUCAGACGGCAUACGACGAAUUACUUCAGCGGGCAACAGAGAGCUGAUGAUAAUUGCAGCUGCUGAUAAGAGACAUGAGCUUGAUGUGUUCGCUGCAGAAGUUAUAAGAUUUGGAAACCUAUGUAAAGACCCUGUUUGGCAUAAUUUGGACCGUUACUUUCAGAAGUUGGGUUCGGAAUGUAUUCCUCAGGAGCAACUUAGUGAAGAGGUAGAAACAUCGAUGCAGCAGUUGAUAAAUUUGGUUCAAGAUACUUCUGAGCUCUAUCAUGAGUCACAUGCGUUGGACAGAUUUGAACAGGAUUAUCAGCGGAAGCUGCGGGAGGAAGAGGCAGUACCUGCAACUAGUCGGGAGAGCCUUAUGAUUUUACACACUGAACUUAAGCGGCAAAGGAAGUUAGUCAAGAGUUUAAAGAAAAAAUCUCUUUGGUCCAGAAAUUUGGAAGAGGUUGUGGAGUGCCUUGUAGAUGUUGUUGUCUAUCUACAUAAAGUGAUUUUGGAUGCAUUUGGUGUUACUGAUGCCAAUAUGGGUGAACAUGGGCCGGUUCAUAAUCAAUGUUUAGGUGUUUCUGGUCUCGCGUUGCACUAUGCUAAUGUUAUUGCUCAAAUUGAUAACAUCGUGUCUCGGCCACUUGCACUUCCUGCAAAUACAAGAGACUCAUUGUAUCAAGGAUUGCCACCAGGCGUCAAGGCUGCUUUACGUUCUAAGUUACAAUCAUUUGAUGCGAAGGAAGAGUAUACUGCUGCUCAAAUCAAAGCUGAAAUGCAGAAAACUCUCAGAUGGUUAGUUCCUUUGGCUGAAAAUACAAUAAGGGCACAUCAAGGUUUUGGAUGGGUUGGAGAAUGGGCUAACAUUUGUACUGAGACAAACAAAAAUCCUUCGCCUCAACAUAGCAUUACUCGCAUUCAAACACUAUAUCACGCAGACAAGGAGAAGACCGAAGAAUGCAUACUAGAACUAGCAGUUUGGCUUCACCAUCUUGUACUCCAGGUGAGGAACAAAGGUUACAAGUCCAUGAAACCAGCUCGCAAUUUAAAGAAAACAGAAAAAGAUAUAUCCCUCAUGAGCAAUGGCAAGCCUGCGAUCGUCUUUGAACUCUCAGAAGAGGAUAGAGAGAUGCUAGGCCGUGUAGAUUCAAAGAAAACAGUGUUAGUGAGAAGCAAAAGCCAGGAGCUUGCAAUUGACAAAGAUAAGAGGAAACAAGCUGGCAGAGGUUUGAGCAGGAGUUUUGGUAAUUCUCCUUCCAGGGAGUUCAAUAUGGCCUUAGAAUCUCACUUAGAAAGGACCAAGGUUCUUGAUAUAUUAGACGGAUUGCAUACAGCUGAGACAUUUUCCCGCUAAUUGUACAUUUUUCUCUUGAGCAAGUUUGAUUCUUUCUCUUGUACGUAUACGAGUUGAUGGGUGACACAGACACAAUCUCUCUGUAUAUACAUAUAUCCACAAAUUGGGUUCUGGGAGUACAAAGAAAAGUUUGCAUGGUAUAAAAAUUCUCAUGACGUAUUGUCCAUUACUUGAA